UUGCUCCGAGUCUAGAUCGGAAACACGCACAAACACACAGUGCGUGAGUAACUUAAUCUUCGACGGUGAAAGGAGGAGGUGGAGUGUGUGUGAUGACAAUGGAGGUACCUAAGAAGUGGUUUGCUAUAUGUUUCUCUGUGUUUCUGAUACUGUUGCUUGCUGCGGUCGUCGCCGCCGGCGACGUGCACAAAAAUGGUGCCACAAAUCCUAGCCCUCUGGAAACAGAGCAGUUGCAAAGCCAGAGCUCCUACAAUUCAUCAAUGGCGGCAAGAGCAAAGGAGAUGGAAGCUUUGAAUGAAAAUGCAGUUCAAGAUCCUGGAGAGGUCGUCUCCCACGUUGAAAUGACAAUGAGAAACCAUACGGAGAGGAGGAAACUGGGAUAUUUUUCAUGUGGGACUGGUAAUCCAAUUGAUGACUGCUGGCGGUGUGACCCAAACUGGCAGCGCAACCGAAAGCGCCUUGCUGACUGUGGCAUUGGUUUUGGCCGGAAUGCCAUUGGAGGCCGUGAAGGUCGUUUUUACGUUGUCACUGACUCCAGGGACGACGAUCCCGUUAACCCACGACCCGGCACCCUUCGUCACGCUGUCAUACAAGAUGCUCCGUUGUGGAUUGUGUUCAAACGAGACAUGGUGAUCCAGUUGAAGCAAGAACUUAUCAUGAACAGCUUCAAGACCAUUGAUGCCCGUGGAGUCAAUGUCCACAUUGCUAAUGGAGCUUGCUUAACUCUCCAGUUCAUUACUAACGUCAUCAUUCAUGGUUUACACAUUCACGACUGUAAACCCACCGGUAACGCCUUGGUCAGAAGCUCUCCUUCCCAUUAUGGUUGGAGAACAAUGGCGGAUGGUGAUGCCAUCUCCAUUUUUGGGUCGAGCCAUAUUUGGAUCGAUCAUAAUUCUUUAUCUCACUGUGCCGACGGACUCGUGGACGCUGUCAUGGGCUCAACGGCCAUCACCAUUUCCAAUAACCACUUUGCUCACCACAACGAGGUGAUGUUGUUGGGCCAUAGCGACUCUUAUGUGAGGGACAAGCUGAUGCAAGUGACCAUUGCCUAUAACCACUUUGGUAAAGGUCUGAUCCAGAGAAUGCCAAGAUGCAGACAUGGGUAUUUCCAUGUGGUGAACAAUGACUACACUCACUGGGAGAUGUAUGCUAUUGGUGGAAGUGCAAGCCCCACCAUCAAUAGCCAAGGCAACAGAUACCUUGCCCCUGUCAAUCCUUUUGCAAAAGAGGUUACAAAGAGGGUGGAUACAGAUGCAAGAAAAUGGCAUGGAUGGAACUGGAGAUCAGAAGGUGACCUUCUUUUGAAUGGGGCUUAUUUCACCCCAUCAGGAGCUGGAGCCUCGGCAAGCUAUGCCAGAGCCUCCAGUUUGGGGGCAAAAUCAUCCAACAUGGUUGGUAGCAUCACCUCCAAUGCUGGUGUUCUCAAGUGUCGUAGAGGCCACCAAUGCUAGCUAAGCUAACCAGUAACCCACAACCCGCCUUUAUCCUCAUUUCAUUUCUUUAAUUUUUCACGUGUGUUCGCUAUUCAUCCACAUUUUCCUUCUUUUUUUUUUCUUGCCGUAUUCCUGGCAAGUGUGCUGCUUUUUUUAAAUCGAGUUACCCGUGCACGGCAGUGUUGUGUUGUGUUGUGUGCAACCUCGGCCAAGCUUCAACCGAACGCAUCACCAAUUUCAGGAGCAGGUGCGAAGCGUUGUUCCUCGUAUGUGUGCUUUCAUUUGUCUACUAAUUUGUGUUUAGAUUUGACUAGGUAUAUAGGUUUUAGAUGAGAUGAUCUGGAUGGUCUUUUUAUUUUUGGUUUCUGGAGUCAUACAAGUUGUAUUUUCAAAUUGAAAUUGAAACUCUUUUAUUUGU